AGCCUUUUUGCUCGAAGCAAUUUGACGAUCGAUCAAGACCGCGCUGCAAUUCACAACCGACGUCCCUAAACCUCCUUCUUCGCCUCCACAAUCCAUGGGUGUAAGUUGCACCCAGCACCGUCUGCAUGGUCGCCCAAUGAAGCGUAGACCUCGCUAUAGCCAUCGGUCGCCGAAAUUAGCAGCGGCGUUUCUGCUAUCACUUUUCUGGUGCAUUUUACGUGCCACAGGUGUUGCGGAUAGCUGCGUGAGCAGUAGGAUACGCAUGACACCCAUGAUCAGGCAUGGAGGGAUAUCCACAGGUCCAUUUCGUUCCACCUCUACGACUUCGACGCGCACCGACUGAACCAAAAAGUUCAAGGUCGUGCCGCAAGCGUACGGGAAUGUAUUUCCGACGCAUGCAUUUGCACGUGUGUUGUCAGUGCGGAAUGCCUUAUGCGCAUUUGCACGGCUAUUUCAAGCGAGGCCAUUCGCAGUUUCCUUUUCAGUGCCCGUGGGAAUGUUGCCAGUGGUUUGUUGGCAAGGGCGAUUUGGAGCAGCAGAAGAACAAGUCACGCUCAUCGAAUCGAUUGGACGCAAUUGUUGCGGCAUAUGGGUCAGCCAAGUCUACUCCUCAGCGAACCGCAGGCUCAACGAUAACCGACAAGCGCCCAACUCUCAUGGUCCAUGAAGCUAUAUGCUCCUCGCUUGCAUCGAUUGGCCACCAGGGACUCCAAUCAACGAGAACUAUGAAAAAACGCGUGGCGUUACGAGCGUACGGGGGAACAAACGAUGAUCUUACCAAUACGUCAUCGCCCCACCGGAAUCGCGUUGAAAGUUUCGAAGAAGCAAAACGAAUCUUGUUGAGUAAGCAGUACCGACGGGAGCCGACAAAUGUUUGGUUAGAGCAAGCUGGCAUCGAUAAUGUGUUCAAUACAAACAACGAGUCGCACAGACAAGAUUUCAAAUGUGACAUGACAUUGAUACACGGGAGCCCUAUGCCAGAUCAUGUUGUCCAUAAUGUUGUAGAACGCUGUCUGAAUCAAUCGAACGGCUCGCUUUGGUUAUCAGACCUCGCAUAUUGUAUCGUGUUCGAAUCGUUCACAGGCCACGUAUUCGGUGCGAAGAACUUCAGCCGGACAGGAGCAAUCGUUGAAUUAUUCAUCACUUGGUGGCGUUCUCGCAAGUGCAACAGCGGCAGUGUCAUGGGAGAGUUGCUAAAACAAGAGGUCUUGGAUUUUCAGCAUGAUAAUCUUGAGCAUCGCGGGCAAUUCGAAUUCCGAGGCGAAUGGACGCACAAUGGGCUAAAUGCAAUUGUUCCCGGCUUCGUCAAUGCAGCAGUCGCUGCUACCGACAUGUUGAUUAAUAUCACCCGCUCUGGGAAUUGGAUGAAGUCGUUGAGCAAUCAGGAUCUUCGUACAUUCGUGGAUACUUUCUUGAAAUUACACCCUCCACUGGGGAGCUUGAAGCGUAUGGACACAGACGAUGGCACGAUCAAACAAAUCCCUAUAUCGGUGCUGCGCGAUCAUGGCGCAGUAGAAGACGCUUCAUUUGGAUACGGUCGUGGGCGCUGUCCGGCAAUCGAGUUUUCGAAACAAUGGCUUACGACCAUCUUGGCGGCAUAUUCCAAAUUUGCAGCCGAAGGUAGGUUUGUCAUCAUGAGCUCUGGAACCAGACGUGGACUUGUUGACGACAUCAAGGACGUGAGAAUUGGUCGUUCGCACUGAUUGUGACCAUUGGUCGAGGCAAUCUAACGUGCAGGAGGCGGAGGAGGGGGCCGCCAAUCAAGCAUCGGCCAUGCCACUCUUUUUGGUUUAUCUGUGCAGGUGAUCCGACCCGGCUUUCUCUGCUGGGCAGUGCCGUUAUGUCUUGCGAAUCGUUUUCGCACAGGUUGAGCCACAUCGAUUCCCUUGUCUUGAGGCUUGUAGGGCAAGUAGCUCGGCGGACCGCGUACUGCCGCACCAGCGGGGGUCUGGCUUGUUGGCCGAGCUGCGUUGCUUCGGCCGCGUCAUCCUUUCACGGCUGUUGCUGCGGCCACAUGCACUAAAUUUUAAAGGCCAGCGCGCAAGCGGCUGUUGGCAGGACCAGACGUGGCGCCAUUUGUUGCAUGAUGCGGAUGCGCUGAGCCAGUGCAAAUCAGCAAAACAAAACACAUGGCAUCGAUGCCCACCCAAAUAAUGCCCACAAAAAGGAGAGGUGUGAUGUCGACCAUCACGUGAGGCCCACGGCAGGAUAACCCGGCUGUUGUUGCUCACAUUGGAUAAAGAGUAGCAGGAAGGUUGCAAAGCAUUACAUACAACAUUUUAGUUUGCACAGGUUAACACGAUUCAGGAUGUCAAGGGGCAGCCAAGAAGAUUCGGCGGAGUGAGCAUUGAGCUCCACGUCGGGGGCCAUGGAUGAGGAGC